AUGGCAGUUUCUUCGGUUACAUCACCGGCUCAGUGUGUGGAAGAAGAAAGUGAAGAUUAUGGCCCAUCGUCAAUAAAAAAAUUAGAGGGCCAGGGAAUCACAUCUGGGGAUAUUAAAAAGUUAGAAGAAGCUGGAUAUUACACGGUUGAAGCAGUAGCUUUUGCUCCCAAAAAAAGCCUGGCACAAAUAAAGGGGAUUAGUGAAGCUAAAGUGGAAAAAAUAAUUUCUGAAGCUUACAAAUUAGUUCCUAUGGGAUUUACAACGGCUACAGAAUUUCAUCAAAAAAGAGCAGAACUUAUUUUGUUAACAACAGGGUCUAAGGAAUUAGAUAAAUUAUUGGGAGGUGGAAUAGAAACAGGUUCAAUAACAGAAAUUUUUGGAGAGUUUAGAACUGGUAAAACUCAACUUUGUCAUACAUUGGCCGUCACUUGUCAGCUACCCAUAGAUCAAAAUGGAGGAGAGGGUAAAUGUUUAUACAUUGAUACCGAAGGAACAUUUAGGCCUGAAAGGCUUAUAGCAGUGGCUGAAAGAUUUAAAUUGUCCCUCAGUGAUGUGUUAGAUAAUGUUGCAGUCGCUAGAGCUUAUAAUACUGAUCAUCAAACUCAACUUUUGUUAAUGGCUUCAGCUAUGAUGUCUGAAUCAAGGUAUGCCCUUCUUAUAAUUGACAGUGCGACUGCUUUGUACAGAACUGAUUAUUCUGGAAGAGGAGAAUUAUCUGCUCGUCAAAUGCAUCUUGCAAGGUUUUUGAGAAUGUGUCUAAGAUUGGCUGAUGAGUUUGGAGUAGCUGUGAUACUUACAAAUCAAGUGGUAGCUCAAGUUGAUUGUGCAACAAUGUUUGCUGCUGAUCCUAAAAAACCUGUAGGAGGAAACAUCAUGGCUCAUUCAUCUACAACAAGAUUGUAUUUAAGGAAAGGAAGAGGUGAAACAAGAAUAUGUAAAAUUUAUGACAGUCCUUGCUUGCCUGAGUCAGAGGCCAUGUUUGCUAUAAAUAGCGAUGGAAUUGGUGAUGCUAAAGAAUAA